AUGGGAAUAAAAGAACAUAGGCUUCCUCAUUGCAUCAAAAUGAAAUUCUUCUUGGCCUUUGUAGGCCUUUUCCCACUGGUCGACGCUUUCGCCUCCCAAUGUUCAGUUCUGGUGAUUUAUUUUUGGGUUUUGAUUUUUUUUUUUCAAAGUGUAUUCAUAUUUUUCAACCAAUCAGAUGAAGUAUUAAUGAAAUAAGAAAAAAAAAACGGCUAUAGAAUUCUUGAUAUUUUCGUUUCGUACACUUGAAAUGCAUUAGAAAUUUUCAAUUAAGCAUGAAAAACUAAAAAAAUAGUUUGCCUGGGAACUCCAGAGUGGUCCCUAGAGGGGCGACCUAAAGGCCUUAGAAGGCUCCCCUCUAGAAACCACUUUUCAAGCGUUUCGACCCUAUAUGAUUCUUAGUUAGUAGCCCCUAUAGUGGGAGCACGCUAGUGGUCCCUAGAGUGAUUUAAGUCCUCAACAAAUGAGCGACAUUUCAAUGAAAAAUCAACUUGAUCGAGUUUUUUUUUCAUGUUCAAAUCAUCACAAAAAAUUUGAAAAAACUCUAUAGGGAUCAUUAAAAAGUCAGGGGUUUGAAAGUCAAACGCUAAACCCCCUCUAAAGAACACCCAAACUGUACCCAAUGGGAGUCACCAUUUUUUCCCCUCUAGUGACCCCCUGAGAGCUCUAGAUGCUGUUUAGCCCCUCUAGUGACCCCUCUGAGGGCUGUAGAUACUGUCUUGCCCCUCUAGUGGCCACUCAGCUCCCAAACGUCGACGAAUCGACUUUUAUUCAGAAAAGCGGGAGAGUCUUCGACGAAGAAAGAACUGUCAAAGUUUCAUUACCACUGCGAAUCGGCGAUCUCGUUACCUUCCAGGCUACUCCCGGACCCAAUACUCGAAAGUAAACUUUUUUUUUUCAUUUUUUUAUAUUUUUUAAAUUUAAUCGGUCAGGAAAAAUGAUAGUUAGAUUAGGUACACUGUAGCCUGGAAUUUUUGUAGGGUAGGUUUUUUUCUAGAUUCAUUUUGACUAGAUUCGGCGAGGCUGGAAGUCUACAAAAAAAACUACAAGUUUUAAAAUUCUAAAUUUCCGGACCGUUGAUUUUUUUACACUCUGCAUUUUUUAGAAGGUUUCAACUUCCUAUUUUUCAAAAAAGGACUACUCAAAUUCAAGGAAAACCCUUGAAGUCCAUUAAAAAAAGCUAAUUUAGGGCUUUGAUCCCUCCUAGUAGUGUGUAGCCCCUCCAAACUACAGAUUGGAAGACUACAAUACUACUACAGAAUCCAAAGCUACCGUAAUACUACAGUAACACCAGACGUUGGAAAAGACUAUGGCGAAAAAUUGCGAUUUAUUCGGAAUCAGAAAGUCCUAAAAUACCUUUUAAAGUUAUAGUCCGUUACUCCCGAUUUAAGGGUAAGACUUCUCUGCGCCCUCCUCGUCUCUCGACGUCCCUCUCAUUUUUACAUGCUAUUUCCAUGUUUCUCUAACCUCGCCGGUGAGGGAACAGAGAGACGCAGACACUCAAAAAUUAUCCAGUCGCGGUUUUUUCGAUUUUUGAAUCUGAGCACCCCCCUUAUCUUAACCAGAAUGAUUCUGAAGCCGAGAUUGUUGUUCUACAGCGCUGUCCUCUACUUUGCCAAAGGGUCAGCCAAUGAGACGGACCGAAGAUUCGUCAUUCCUCUUUACAUCCGCUUCAACUUUGUCAAAGGCACCGUCUCCUUCAAUUCAUUGAUGGUGUGUUGAUAAAAUUCGAGAUUAUACGGUAUAGAGGUGCACGAGAACUUCAAGGAAAACUUCCCCACACAAACAUUUUUUUUCCUUGAGAUCUUUGCGCUUUAAAACCAAUUAUCAUGGAGAUGAGCAGCCACUGCCAAAGUCGAAAGUGCGGAAAACGGGUGCAAAAAGGGAGUGACUACAAAAUGGCCGUUAAAAGGGUCCCCUUUUACUUUUCAUUCUUGGCAUAGGCAAAGUCGGAAGGACCCUUCACGGGCCCUUUGAGCGUCCGUUACGGAUCCGUGUGUUUCCAUUAAUUGUUCCUGAACGGAUGGCAACAAUUUCCUUUUUAUUGCCUUUUUGCGUCCGUUCAUCGUCCUUUAUCCACCCUUUUUGGACCCUUUUGAGAAACACAACAUUUUUUCAAAUUGAGAAUGAUCUUUACCAGGGACUGUGUAUCAACCAAAAUGUGCUACAGUAAUGAAAUCGUAAAAUAUCAAUGGCCGAGCCUUUCAGCACCUUUUUGCAUUUUUUUUUUGGGCUGCAUAGCCCACCGAGAAAGAAAGGCUCGAUAAAGGCAGCAAAACGGAACCCUUUUAGCGGCCAUUUUGCAACCGUUUUCCGCACUUCCGGCAUUGACAGUGUAAUAUCGCAAAAAAAAUGUUUUCCUCUUGGAAAAUUUACAAGUUUCAAAUUGAGAUUUCGAAAUUUUGCAGGAAAAUGGUUGGAACAAAGAUUGGAAAGAACAAACUUCCAUCAAACGGGGUUCGGACGUGAAAGUCGAGAUAAGGUAGUUUCCAAAUGAAAGUUCGAAAUCAAAAUUUGUGAUUUUAGAGUUCUCCAUCGAGCUUACAGGAUUAAAAUCGGAAGGCGUUCCUACGAAUACACAGAUCGCUCCGAAGAUGAUCAAAACGUUCAGACGAUUGGAUUUCAAGGAUUCUACUUCAAGAACAAGAUGUAAGAUUAGAUUGUUCCACCAAACGACAAUCCGCCAUUCCGCUGCGUGCGGUCGCGAAGCGUUUUUUUCCUUUGCGAAAACUCGGUCACGCUUAUUUUCACUUAUCAUUGCUUUAAACAUGUGAAACUCGAACACUGGAAUAAAAGGGAAAAAACUGAAGAAUCGGAAAGACAAAACCGCGUCGCGACCGCACGCAGCGGAACAGCGGAAUUUUGUAAAAUUAAAUAUCAAGCCGUCGCGCACAGACUAUAGUUCAAAAACUGCAGAUUUUCUUAAAAACCACCGGUUGAAAUAUUGAUGAAACUAACUUGAAACUAAAAAAAACUCCAGAGUGGUGCUGAAAGGUGCAACUUUAGGGGCUCUUGAAGGCUCCCCUCUAGGGACCACUUGAACUAUCUUUUCAAGGGUCAUUAGAGGCUGCGAAAGUGGUCCCUCUGUAGGGGAUGGUCUCUGUAAACGAAAAAUUACUGAAGGACCCUAUAGGGACCCCUUGAGCUUCAGGGGUUCGGGGUUUGCUCCUUCAGGGACCUCCUAAACUUUGCCCCUAUAAAGGUCUCUUUCAAGACCGAGAAUUAACUCUAACAGAUUUUGAAAUUCAAGCGCUUGCCCACCCGAAACCGGUAAACCAAGUAAAGCCGGUGCGAGGAGGAUUCUAAUCAGUGAAGGCGUCGUCAGAGUGUUGCGUGAGUUUUUCGAACAAAAAACGCUUCUUUUCUAAUAUUCUCCAUUUUCAGCUCGCAAGGCUCCUCCAAAGGACUCUCCUGGCGGGGCUCCUCCUAAGAAGCCUCACUCUCCAUACGGGGAAUACGUGCACCCAAUCUAUAUAGCACCUCGCAAUGUUUCGAAAAAAGUCACGAAAUCAAAUUGAGAGCGAACCGAAGAGUGAAAUCUUAUAACUAAAGGGAUCAAAUUUUGAUAUGAAUAAAAAAUUUUGGUCUUCCUGUCGAAGUUUCCGUGUCCAAAAAACCUGUUCCUGUGGGAGAGGAAUUGACGGAGAGUUGUGGGUCCCAACAUAAAGCCUUCUCAUUGAAGAUUUGUAAACUCCCCCUCUCACUUGAUAAGUAAUUUCAAUUUGAACCAUAGAUUCUGAAUUGCGAAUUGAAAACUGUGAACCUUGACGUCAGCUUCUCAAGGUAGGAUGAAGCUUCAAUCUCAAAAAAAAAAAUUUAACUGAUCAAAAAUCUUCCUGGUAAUGCUUUCUCAACGCGCAAUCAUGUCUUUUAACGAUUUUCUGAGAAAUUUGCUGUCCACAAUUUUUUUUUUUCUGAUAUAAAAACGGGUCGAAUGAGUAAAUUCCCAAAUACCUUACGUAAAUGGAAGUCAAGGUUAGUGAUAAUUAUGGUUUUGGUCAUCUUCUUUUCCAGAUUUUGCUUAUUUUUCUCCUCUCGACUCUGAUGCCACUCGUCUUAGGGGACUACAUACCAUUAUGCUCGGUAAAAACUUCAUUUUCAUGUGAUUCAGAAGGCGUUCAUUUACAGUGGGAACGCAGGACCAACUGCAGACGAAUUUACGAAUUUGACUUUUCGAUUUGA